CUUUUUGUCAGCGCGAGCGGAUGCUAGAGUGACUAAACAGUGAUCACAUUCGCUUAGUCAGUGUUGUUACAUAUGUGUGUAUGCACUUACAAUAUUAGUAUUGCGAGGAAAGAGGAUUUGGCAAAUUAGUUGAAAAAUUUACGAGAUUACCGGCAUAUGUGAUAGUGGAAAUAAAAUAUAUUUUUUUAUUGAACUCUCAUAUAUAUAUCUCAGAGCGAAAAUUGGUGUCAACUUGAGAACCCUUUGCAAGCCUAACUUCAAUUUCCAAUCGCUAUCGACUGCAAAUGUGCGCUCGCGCGGAAUACUCGAAUUUCGCAAGAAACCAAUGCAUUGCGACAAUUCCAACAAUUCCACCGUGAAGUCCACCCAGCAGCAUCAAAUGCUAGCAGCCAUUUGAAUUCGCAUCGACCAAAUGGCUUUUCUUAAUUGCUUUUCGAUUUGAUCUCCAUGCCGGUCGGUCGUUACCGCGUUUAGCCGAUAGCAACAAAAUUUCAGCACAUCAACAAAUAUAUACGUGUAUGUGAAUUGACUGACGUUCGGCAGUUUGGCGCGUAAACUAACAACAACUAAGCAACUAACUGGAACAUUCAUUUGAAUAGCAGCAGCAACGAGUGCUACCUCAAAAGCUGUCAUCUAUAGACUAUAAAGCCUAGCAUCAUCAUCACCAGCAGCUGCACCACUAGCCACUAUGCUAGCAACAACUGCUGCCAGCUCCUCUGACGUGUCGUCAUCGGGCAAUUCGCAACUCACAGCCAUCAGCAAAAUCAGCGAACUGCAUCAAUUGCGUGAUUUAUACCGUCGUGAUUGGCCUGCCCACUGUGUGGGCUACUAUUGUCUGAGCAAUUUCAUUGACUGGGUGGAAAAGCGCCAGCGACUGAGCACAGUGGCGGAUAUGAAAAAUCUACAGAUUUUCACACUGAACAACGAUUGGCAUAGCGAUGGACUCUUUUUGGUUGUGGAUCGUUAUCAGUUAUUUGUCAAUUCACUGCUGGCCAGCGAAGAAAGCGAGCGCUUGACCACAGCUAUAGCUUUGCUCAAUUGGCAUUGGCCGGGCUUUAAAGUGAGCUCCUUCCGAGAGCGCCAUCGCGCGUCGCUGCUGAGUGUCGUGCGCGAGAAGCAGUUAAACAUUGAGUACGACAGUUUAACCGUUAUGUACUACCAGCCCCGGGAGAAAGUGCUGCAGCUACCGAUAAGCUGCCCCGAUGACUAUAGGCUACGCCCUUUAAACGCCGCAACAGAUGCUGACUUAAUCGACACACUAUGGCCAAAUCAUCAUCAGGGUUCACGCUUCCUGAUUAAACGGCUAAUCGAAUGGAACGCGAAUAUGGGCGUUUAUACCGCAGAUAGCGGCGAGUUGGUCGCGUGGUGCCUGCGUCUUCAGGGUGGCUUCCUGGGCGCCUUGCAGGUGAAGGAAAAUCACAAACGCCGCGGUUUAGGUACCCUGGUUACUGCGGCUAUAGCGCGUUAUAUAGCCGAGCAGGGCGACGAUGUAAUGGCGCUAGUGGACAAGGAUAAUCGUGCCUCACGCGGCAUUUUCGACAAGCUGGGAUUCAAGGUGGUCGAUAACUGCUAUUGGCUGCGCACAUUUCCCACAAUCGAUGUCGAACGCACGUGGCCAGUUGGCGAGUAAGGGGUCUUUUAUCCACUUUUACAAGUGUUCACACAUAUUGUAUAUAUGUAUGAACCAACAGGUAUACUUAAAUAAAGUUGAAAAUUAAUUAUUAGUGCGACGGCUGGCUUCAAAUUGAAAAUAAUCUGGUGGGAUUUUAACUAUGUUUGACCAAGAAUCUCCUGACGUCAUUCGAAAACCAGAGAGACUAAGGUUUUUUAUAUUGCUAACACAUAUAUUAUUAUACAAAACAUUCUUGUAAAUUAAAAUAUAUAUAAAUUGAGAAUAAAGUUUUUCUGCUAAACGUCA